UAGAAGGUUUAGAAGGGUUAUCGAUUUCAUCAUCAUUUGGGCGACACAUGGGAUUAUGCAGAUAAAGGUAGUUCGGAUAAAGGUAAAUGAUGGCUGGCAAAAAGAAAAAGGAAAACUGGAAAGCAGUGAUAGCAUCUCUCCAGAAAGCGUUACGUGAGACACAAGAGAAGAUAGAGGAGAUUAAAAAGGAACACUCCAAGGAGCUAGAGGAGAGGGAAAACCAACACUCCAUGGAGCUAGAGGAGAGGGAAAACCAACAUUCCAAGGAGAUAGAGCAGAUUAAAAAGGAUCAUUCAAAGGAGCUAAAGAAGACUAAAGAUGAAAAAAGAAGUUUGCUAGAACAGAAUAAAAUUCUCAGAGAAGAUAUUAAAAAUCUCAGAGAAAAUAAAUUUCCUAAGGGCAAGGAUGCAGGUGCGAGUGGUUCACCGCAAUCAGAUAAAUUAGAGGUCCUCAAGUUCAGUGAUAAAAUUACCCCUUUAGGGGAGGGUAGUCCAACAGGCUUUGACAUUCCUGCUCAAAAAGUUGAGGCUACUGACAUGUCCCAAGGACCAAAAAAUGUGGAGACUUGUGAACAAGUGGAGGCAAACAAUGGGUCUGAGAUGCCUAGAGAUCCCAAAUCCCUGAAGACUGGAGAAGAUCAUAAUUAUGACUCAAAACGAGAACGUAAAAGUAGAACGAGCGUCCCAAGUCGUAAGAGUAGGACAGUACAUGUAGUUAAGGAACCUGAAGGCAUCUCAGAGAAAACCCAAGGACAAAAUGUGCCUGACGUUCCAGAUAACUGGGAAGACCAACGUGAAGAGACAGACUCUUCCCUUGUACGAUAUAGUUGUGCCGAUGAUAAUGAGCAUUCCAUCACCCCAGAAAAUCAGGCUGCUACCAAAGAAUCUAUACCUGCACAGGCUACUAAUCUUACUGCGCCUUCACAAAAACGGAACUCCUGUUACAUAGUACAGGAUCGUCAACCAUUCAAGGACCUGAAAAAUGCUUCCUGUUCGAUAAAUGAAUUGCUUAAAUUGUACAAAAAUGUUCACCUUGAAGGAAUCUUGAUAAAUAAUUUCAGUAUUGAGAAUAUAUAUAAAAUUGAUGGACAAUCUGAACUGAAGAUUUAUGACCCAAACUUGCAAGCUACAUCUAUGCCAGGUGAUGACUCAAUUCCAAUGUUAGAAAGAUGUAAGCCAGAUUUGAUUCUUAUUGUAGAAUUUGUUUUUUACAUCAUUAAAAACAUGGAAGAAAUCAAUACAGUAGGUGAACAACUUGAUAUGCUUUUCAAUGUGUUUCAGGAAUUUAAAACAGAUGAUAUUUACUCUGAAUGCUGUGCAUUCCUAGAAUACUUUCUUCAAGUUAGUGUUAAUACAAAAGCGCUGCAUUUCCUGAUCAAAGCCUACAGUAAAACUCCAGACUUUACAUUUAUGUAUGAGGGUAGAAAUUUGCACAUGUUUAAGAAAACUAAUCAAUCAUGUAUGCCAUGCAUUUGGAGGAACUUUUCGCAAGAAAUCCAACGUGCACCUUUAAAUGACAUUUUUUAUUUAAGACAGAACGCUUUUUUUGCAUUUGAGUUAAGGCGAAAGGCUUCUUUAGUAUUGAAACCAGACUGGAGGCUGCAUGUUGGUUUGGAAUUGGUCAAAGCUUUUGAAAGGUUGGAGAAAGCAGUAUAUUCUAAUAAAGAAAGGGAGUAUACUGGUUAUUCUGAUCAAGUAAAGGAUUUCUUUAGAUUCUUAAAAAACAUCCUUAGUCAUUUAGUUGAGCAAAGAAAACAAUGUAGAGAGUUCAGAAGUACAUUAAGUAGUCUAGGUAUUCAUAAUGAUAUAGAUUUUCUGAAUUACAUAGAACACAAAAUUCCAAAACUGGCAUUUCAUGUUUUUUCUGGGAUUUAUAUGUACCGAAAGAAGUAAUCAACUUAGCAUUGAACAAGGGACUGUCUAAACAAAUCAGAAUAUUGUUACAGUAAAAUUGUUAAAUCCUUAUAGAGGUGUUAGGUAUGUGUCAUUUAAUGACCCAUGGGGGUGGUCACUUAUAGAAGGCUUAAACUAAGCCUUUUAAGUAAAAUCCCUUAAAGCAAAGAGGUUCACAUCCUUUAAAUAAUGAUUCACAAUGAUAACAUUUCAUAUUUAUGACUUAUACUAAGUGCAAACCCAUUCAUUUAUUAUGUCCCCCUUCAAAGAAGUGGGGUAUAUUGCUUUGCACAUGUCGGUUGGUCGAUCUGUCAGUAGACCAAAGCUUGUCCGAGUGAUAACUCAACAAUUCCUGGACGUAUCGUCAUCAAACUUGACGUGAAGGUUGGGCCUGACCAGUCGAUGACCCCUAAUGAUUUUAGGGCUCAUCGGGUCAAAGGUCAAGGUCACUGACCUUUAAUGAUAAAAUAAUUUUAAAGCUUGUCUGAGUGAUAACUCAACAAUACCUAGACCUGUGGUCAUCAAACUUGAUAUGGAAGUUGGGCUUGACCAGUAGAUGACUCCUAUUGUUUUUGGGGGUCAUCGGGCCAAAGGUCAAAGUCAGUGACCUUGAUUGGUUAAAGGGUGUCUGAGUGAUAACUCAACAAUACCUAUACCCAUGGCCCUCAAACUUGACUUGGGAGGUUGGGCCUGACCAGUAGAUGGUCCCUAUUGAUUUUGGGGGUCAUUGGGCCAAAGGUCAAGGUCACAGUGGCCUUGAAUGAUAAAGGUUGUCUGUGUGAUAACACAACAAUGCCUGCACCCAUGGCCCUCAAACUUGACUUGGAGAUCAGGCGUAACCAGUAGAUGACCCCUAUUGAUUUUAAGGGUCAAAGGUCAAGGUCACAGAGAUCUUGAAUGCAAACGCAACAAUACCUGCACCUAUGGUCAUCAAACUUGACAUGAGUAUUUGGCCUGACCAGUAGAUCACCCCUCUUGUCUUUAGUGGUCAUCGGGCUACGGUCAUGGCCACAGUAACCUUUAACGCAAAAAUGUUAACAAAUCUUCUCCCAGUGAUAUCUCAACAAUGCCUUAACCUAUGAUCAUCAAACAUGACAUGGAAGUUGGGCCUGACCAGGAGAUGACCCUUAUCUAUUUUAGGAGUCAUUGGGUCAAAGGUCAAGUUCACCGUGACCUUGAAUGCGAAAAUGAUUCGAGUGAUAACUUGACAAUGCCUGCACCCAUGGCCCUCAAACCUGACUUGUAGUUGUGUCUGACCUGUAGAUGACCCCAUAUGAUUUUAGGGGUCAUUGGGUCAAUGGUCAAGGUCACAGUGACUUUGAACGAAAAAAGCUUGUCUGUGCGAUAAUUUGUCAAUGCCAGCACCCAUGGCCCUCAAACUUGACAUUCAGAUUUUUGGUGACCAGCUGAUGACUCCUAUUGAUUUUGAGGUCAUAGAGUCAUUGUCAUAGCACACUCUAUCCUCACACUUUGAAUGGUCAUAAUCUUAAAACUGCCUCAACGGCAUCCAAUGUCAGUGAAAAAUCAGCUGUCAUUUCGGUCCAUGCAUAUUUCAUUCAAUUGUCCAUAUAAUCCUGACAAAAUGGUGCUGGGGGGGGGGGGGGGGCAUAAUGUUUGACAAACAUCUCUUGUUUAAAUUGAUGUUUUCGUAAGCAGAUCUGUUAAAAGGUAAUUGUUGUAAUUAUCAUUAAAUGUAUUGUAUAUUGAUGUGCCAUCAAUGACCUACAUUACUUUCCUGUGUUUGUAUGUUUCAUGGUUAAGUUAGUUUAUGUUUGAAUGGGAUUGUUGCAAGCAAUGAUUGAUGUGUUCGUUAAUUAAUCAUUUUAUUCAUUCAUUGUAAUAGUUGUUGAUGUUUUUUUUGAUGUUUUUAUGAAUGAUUUUAUAAUCACAUGGCACAAAUCUUUUCAACAUUAAACUAAGGUGUUUAUGAUCCUGCUUCUGGCCAUAAACAACUCCUUUGCCCGUUAUAACUGGUUGUUUAAAAAAUUAAUAGUAAUAUUUUCCAAAUUGUGUUUUCUUUUUUUAUUGUUGAACCCUAGUCUUUUAUUAGCAUACAUAGCAUCCAACUAUAACCUUGCUAUUUAUAUUAUUAAAUGUAGUCUAUUGAUGUGCCAUUCAUGACCUAAAUAACGGUCCUGUGAUUGUAUGUUUCAUAGUUUUUAGUUUAUGUUUGAAUGCAUUAGUUCUUAAAGCAAGCUUUUAAUACUGAUCGGAAAGUUUUCGUUGCUUUAACACUUUGUUCAUUUCGUAUUUAUAACACUGUAAUAAUUGUUCAUGUUUUUUUUUUUCAUGUUUGUUUAUGAAUGAUCACAUUGCACACAAAAAUAAAUUUGGAAAGUAA